GCAACCAAUGCAAUCCCAGAUGAUAUGCAAGGCCGUGAUGCCCGGUGUUUCUCGUCCUUUAAUAUUUCCAGCUGUCCUCGUGCGGGACUACAGUUUGUUUUUAUCGGAUGACCAUUUGACUGACCAUGGUCCGUUGUUAGCCGGACGACAACGGACGAUACUUCAGACUUUUUAGAGCUCAAAAUGACAGUCAUGUGACCCACUAUGGCGUGAUUUUCUUCGGUCAUCUAUGCAUGCGUUGCCCGAGUGCACGUGUCCUUGAAUGAAAACUGGACACGCGUGGUGGCAUCUGUUCGUUACAGAGUCCGACCUGGCGACAAGAGAAGGUUCUUCUCUGUCGAUUUUGUGUGUUUAUUGGAACUUCUGUAGGCUAAAUAUCAGCUGAUGACGUGACAUCUUUGCAUCAUGGGUAAAGGCCAAGAACGUCAGACUUCCAUGAGGGUCAGCAAGCAGAGCACCUACACUUGGGAUGAAGUCCGUCAGCACAGCACACAGACAGACAAAUGGGUUGUGAUUGAGGGUGGAGUGUAUGAUGUCUCCCAGUGGGUGAAACGACACCCAGGGGGAUUCAAAGUGCUAUCCCACUAUGCUGGGGAAGAUGCCACUGAAGCAUUUGUUGCUUUUCACCCUGACAAGAACCUGGUCAGAAAAUACUUGAAGCCAUUGUAUAUCGGCUCGCUAGAACAAGACAACCAACCCAAGAAGUCCUUUGUCACUGACAUGCAGGCUCUCCGUCUCAAGGUGGAGCAGAGAGGACUCUUGGAAACCAACCCAUGGUUCUUUGCAGCUGUGAUGGCCCACAUCCUUGCCUUUGAAGUGUUAGGCUGGUUUGUCUUGUGGUAUUAUGGGACGGGAUGGGUGCCAUACCUGACGGCUUCUGUUCUCUUACUUCUUGCACAGGGUCAAGCAGGCUGGUUUCAGCAUGAUCUGGGUCAUCUCACUGUCUUCAAAAAGUCUCGCUGGAAUCAUUUACUUCACGGCUUUAUCCUUGGUGGAUUAAAGGGUUCCUCGGCCCAUUGGUGGAACUACCGUCAUUUCCAGCACCAUGCCAAGCCCAACAUUGUCUUCAAGGAUCCAGACAUCAGGAUGGAGUACCUCUUCAUGCUCGGUGACAAGAUGCCAGUGCGCUGGGCCAAUAGGAAGAAGGGCUUCAUGCCAUAUAACUACCAGCAAAGCUACUUCUUUUUCAUUUUACCACCAUUGCUGUUGCCUGUCUACUUUCACUACGAGUAUUUUGCCCAUGUGAUAAAGAAGAAAAUUUGGAUUGACUUGGCUUGGAUGGUCUUCUUUUUUGGCAAGUUGUUUUUGACUUAUGGGCCCCUUCUAGGCUUGUCUGGUACUUUCUGGCUCUAUAUGUUUAUCAGAUUUAUGGAGAGCCAUUGGUUUGUGUGGGUGACACAGAUGAACCACAUCCCAAUGGAGAUAGACAGUGACAAGCAUAAGGAGUGGUUACCAAUGCAGCUGCAGGCUACCUGCAAUGUGGAGCCUUCAUGGUUCAAUAGCUGGUUCACCGGCCACCUCAACUACCAGAUUGAACACCACCUGUUUCCCACCAUGCCAAGGCACAACUUCUACAAGGUAGCACCUGAUGUCCAGGCCCUGUGUAGGAAACAUGGAAUACCCUAUCAAACUAAACCACUCUUCACUGCCAUGGCUGAUAUUGUCCGUUCCCUGAAGCGAUCAGGAAAGAUUUGGCAUGAUGCUUACUACCACAGAUAGACAGUAGCAGAUCUAGCAAGAGGACUCUAUUGAGACUUGCUAAAGCAGUGAAUUGUUUGUUGACAGCUCAAAGAGUAUAAUUGUUUUUAAAGCGUCUUCAUAUGAAAGAGUGUAACACUAAAUAGAGGUGGUUUUUUCUGUUGAAUAUAGGAUCAGGCAUAUGUGGCCAUGGAGUUUACAUUGCCCCAAGAUUUGGGCUUAAAGGGCAGAAUUGUUCCUUUAAGCCCAAAUCUGUGAGCGUCUCUCACUCCACUUUCUAAAGCAUUCCAACUUCUAUGCACAGAGUAACCUGUUCAAGUGUUAGGUAGGAGGCAGGCUUGGGUUAUGUGGGGUUGUUGGUAGGGCCAAACGAGUCAUUGAUCUCCAUUACAAAUGCACGCCUGUGCGUUGAGUACCAAAAAAAACCCCACGCCCUCUUUUGUUCCUGAGCGGAUUAAGAGCUAGAAUUAAGGUUGGAGGUAUGAGUUCAUGAGUGUGUACAAAUUGUGCAAAAAUUAGCGAGUGGUUUAAGAUUUGUGUGUUUCAUGAGCCUUCUCCCCUUUGUCCUCUCCCCAUGACACCCACGGCAGGAAUGAUAGUUUCACAGACCAGUCUCCUUUGUUCCUUUAUCUCUUGGACAUUUCAUCUAUUUUUGUAACAUCCUGCUAUCCACCCAGCACUUCUCCUCCCAAGAAGAAAAUCAAAUCUUUCGGGUCACAUUUCAAUAUAGUUCACCCAACUGUCCAAAGUUUAUUUCAAAAUACUUCCAAAUACUCUUUUUAAACAGCAUCAUUGCAUUUUUACUUUUUUCAGAUGAGCACCAUUUUUGU